UACUCUUGAUUCAUGCAGAAUAGAAAGGCCUCUGACGCCUGCUUUGGAUACACAAUCCGUUUGUAGUAGUAAAGAUGGUCUCAUGUUUUCAUCUCCAGUUGUAGAAACACUGACAAUAUCGGAUUUGGAGCAAUGUUUGGAAGAAGAAGACGCUGCAUUCGAAAGGAUACGGGUUAUAUUGUCGAAUUUAAUUGACCAAGCGCAAACUGCUGUUUCACAAGAUCAGAAGCUGUCAGGGCGUGCAUUAAUGGAAUUAGAACAUAAUGCGGAAAUCAACAAAUACUUUUUCACCAACAAUUUUGAGGGCAAGAAAACAACGUCAACUACCAAAAGACGGCCACGAUCACUGAUACUACCCGAUAGAGCGAGCAUUAAAGCAACAACAGCUUCGUUAAGCAAUAAUGAUAUGCGAAGAGUUUCCGUUGGAAGUAUACAUAAUAAUUUGCCGAGUUCACCUAUACCAAAUAAAAAUUACAAUAGUAGUACUAGUAAUAGGCGACUGUCUUCUGUUUCAUCUACUACAAAUGCAACUACAAAAGAUACCAUUCUUCAUCCUCAUCAUACAAGACCUACUAGUCGAUUACAGCAUCAACAAGACUCAUCACAACUGAAGAAAUGGGUUAAUUAGCGACUACAGGCUUUUAUUCAUAUGAUCUUAUUUAUUUUCACUGCUACUGCUUCUGUUCACUACUGUUAUUAAUUGUUUACCGGAAAAGCUGUAUGCGCUCAAAAACAAUUCUUACAUCUAUGGUUACAUAACAAUAUAUAUACAUACACAUAUACAUAUACCACACAAAAGAACCGUUUUUUAUUUUAUAUGCCAAUUUUUGUUUACUUUAA